AUGGUGUGUCCGGAAUUGGGUCUAGAGCUAUUGUUACGUUUGUUGAGGAUUGUUGAUAGUCUAACUUUGGAAUAUGUUGAUGAAGGCAUUUUAUAUGCAUAUGCAAAAAAGUCAACAUAUAUAUACAUGUACAUAUACAAUUCUCUUAUGCGGACACCCGUAAAUUAUAAUGUGGUCAACUACGGAGCCAGACCCGACGGCAGGACGGACUCGACCAAGGCCUUCGCAUCCGCAUGGACCGAAGCCUGCGGGUCAGCAAGGCCCGUGACCAUUUACGUGCCCAAAGGAAGGUUCUUGCUCCGAAAUGCGGAGUUUGUGGGACCUUGCAAGAACUCUGCAAUUGUGGUCCAGAUAGAUGGGACCCUGGUGGCUCCAUCCGAUUAUAAUGUCAUUGGAAAUGCUGGGAAUUGGGUUUACUUUAGCCAUGUCGAUGGAGUCACUGUGUCUGGUGGGACCCUCGACGGUCAAGGUGCUCGCUUGUGGGCCUGCAAGGCUUCCGGGAAAAGCUGCCCCGCUGGUGCCACGUCACUGGCCUUCACAAAUUCAAAAAACAUAACAAUCCGUGGAUUGACAUCACUCAACAGCCAAAUGUUUCACAUAGUCAUCAAUGGCUGUCAGAACGUGAAAAUUCAAGGAGUGAAGGUGCUUGCCGCUGGAGACAGCCCAAAUACUGAUGGGAUUCAUGUCCAACUUUCAAGCAGCGUCACAAUCUUGAAUUCUAGGAUUUCAACAGGGGACGAUUGUGUCUCUGUUGGGCCUGGCACCUCAAACCUAUGGAUCGAAACUGUCUCUUGUGGGCCCGGUCACGGCAUCAGCAUUGGGAGCUUGGGGAAAGACAUUCAAGAGCCAGGGGUCCAAAAUGUGACAGUUAAAACAGUUACGUUUACUGGUACACAAAAUGGUGUGAGAAUCAAGUCUUGGGGAAAACCUAGUAAUGGUUUCGCAAGGGACAUUCAUUUUCAACAUUGUACAAUGAACAAUGUACAAAACCCAAUUGUCAUUGAUCAAAACUACUGCCCUGACAAUAUAGAUUGUCCUGGACAGAUUUCGGGGGUUAAAGUAAGCGACGUGACGUACGAAGACAUACAUGGAACAUCGGCAACCCAAGUAGCAAUAAAACUGGAUUGUAGCAGGAAGUUCCCAUGUCGUGGGAUUAGAAUGGAAAAUGUGAGGCUAACUUACAAUAACCAACAAGCUCAAUCAUUUUGUGUGAAUGCCGGUGGAACCACUGCUGGUUUUGUUCAGCCAACAAGCUGUUUGUCCUAG